AUGGUCGCGGAGUGCCUCCGAGACGACUGGGAGGUUGCGUUGCUGGGUAUCCAGAGCGGCCACUUCUCAGAAGUGUCGGAUCGCCUCCGACAUGACAAGGGCUUUGUUUUGGAGGCCGUCACCAAGUCCCCCAAGAUCGCCGAAGAUCUUGCGCAAGAGUUUCUGGACGACAAGGAUGUGAUGCUGGAGGCGAUCUCCGCUCAGCCCUCGUCACUGACCUACGCAUCGGCCCGCCUGCGAGACGACGACGACAUCGCCAGGGCUGCCGUAGCCCAGGAUGGCCUUCUUGUCCAGCAUCUCUCUCGUCGCCUGCGAGAAGAUGCGCCCACCGCGCUGGCCGCAGUUUCUCAAAACGGCUUUGCCUACGAGCAUUUGGACGACUCCUUGCGGGACGACGGCGCAGUCGUCCUGGCAGCCAUCUCGGCAGGUGCCUGCGCGGCCCUGUCUUGGGCCUCUGAACGGUUGCAGACGGACCGGGACUUCAUUCUCAAGGCUUUGGUCGUGGCGACGGGUCUUCUGAGCCAUUGCAGGCCAGCCUUACAAGAUGACAAGGAGGUGGUCCUACGGGCACUUUCCCGUGAUGGCCGCUCUCUGGAGUUCGUGUCCGAGCGUUUGCGAGACGACCGGGAGGUCGUCGAGACUGCUGUGUCCCACGGUGGCCUCGCUUUUGAGUUCGCCUCUGAUCGUCUGCGCGACGACAAAGACCUGGCCAUGAAGGCAGCUUGCGACGAUCCUCGAGCGCUUUUGUUCGCUUCGCGUCGCUUGCAAGAGGAUGACGGUCUAGUGCUAAAGGCUGUAGCUGCAUCCUCUGUCAACUCCUGGACCAGCAUCGACUGGCGAACAGCGCUGGUAUGA